AUGUUCACAUUAGAUCAAAAGAAGAAGGAAGUCGGUGUAUGUGUAACAAAGAAACAGAGAGGGAGAGAUCUCUCCCUGUUUCUCAAUCUUACAACACCUCUUCAAACGAUCCAUCUUCGGUGGUUGCCGGCAUCCGCCGGAGACUCUCCUCCAUGUCCUUACGGAUCCAGCCCUCUUCCAUCUCCGACACCACCUCAGCUGCAACCGCAUGGGCGAUGCGCCGCUCCAAAUCCGUUUCAUCAAUGGGGGAAUCCACGUCUACCUCAGUCAGGAACUGGUGGGAUCGGGGAUGGGGAUGGAUCCUGUCAAGGAAACCCGUAUUCGCACAGGAUCUGGAGUUUAAUCAAGAGGAAACCUCCGGUCUCAGAUCCCAUGAUAAAGGAAGCUGGAGACACGUCUUCUUCAAGGUUAGAUCCGAGAUCCGGAGACUCGUCAGAUCUGAUAAUGUCGGCCUCCCUCAGACAGUUCGUUACAACUCCCAUAGUUACGCUCGCAAUUUCGACGACGGCAGCAGUAAAUUCCGAAGCUGAUCAAAUUGAUCAUUUACAAGGUAAGAUAAGUAACGAAUGAUGAUGUCGGCGAUGGUGGUUCCAACUCCGGUGGAAGGGAAUGAAAUAUGAAUGAUUAUGUCAGUUCCGGUGGUGUACUGUUCUCCGAUGUGGCUGGAUGUCGGUGGAAUAGAAGAUGCAAAGUAAAGUGGGCGAUGUUGUAAUUUAAUUUUGUAAAAUCUGUUCAUUGUAAUUUUCAAUUAUUCUUAAUUUGUUAUAUAUCAAACUAUUUAUUGUGUUG